AGCAGCUAGGGUUCCACCCUGAUCUAGGAUGUUCGUGACGUCUUUCCUUUCAACUGGCAGGCCCAUUCCUGUCAACACCACAUCCUACGCUUGGUCUACGGGCGGCUCCUAUUCUCCGGUCUCUAUAGAUCUAAACGCCGCGUGGUAACUUGACGUCAUAUCACCAGCACGAAGAGCAGACUCUUGACAAAGCCCACGAGGCCUGUGAAGGCUGGUCUUUCUUCGUUGUCACUAUACCCGCAGGUCAACCAACCAACCAUGGGGGUCGUCUCGAAAUAUGAAAAGCUUGCACGAGAGCGUUUCGAAGCAAUUCCAGCCGACAAAAAAAGAAAGUUUGACGAAUUGGCGGCAGAUAAUCCCGAGGCCAAAGCUUUUUUUGAUCUUUUUGCAACCGUCUCCAAAACUGUCCAACCGAGCUCCGUCACUCGAAAGGAUCUCAUAACCGUCUUUGGCAAGGAGUAUGAUCCUUUCAUGAUUCUUGAGGCUAGCGGCAGCGGUUUCACUACCGAGUCUUUUACCAUGCCAGCGGAUCUGCCACCAGUCGAAGUCUCUCAGUCAUUCGAAACUCAAUGGGCGGACCUUGAAAAAUACUUUGAUAUGCGGUCGGAGCCGCUGACACGCACCUAUAUUGACUGCAUUUCCUUGGAAGUGAUGCGCCACACAGCGCCCGAGCCAACCAUGCAGCAGCUGCGUUUGUACGGCGAGAUCUCGGCGUCAUACACUUCCCCAGAAACCGGGUUAACUCUCUCAGGAGCUGGGGAUUACUUUUUGGGAUACGGAGAACGAAGUGGGGAAAGCCUCGAGAACCUUUCCCUAGUUGGAGAAGCCAAGACCCGAGGAACCAAAAUUGGGGACACCAUCAUUUUACAAACACUUUCCUACAUGUUAAUGGUCCAUGUAGCUCGCAAACGCACAAAGAAAGCUCACCCCCGAGUCUAUGGAUUCGCGACAAACGGUUACGAGUGGGUGUUUCUUGUCAUUGAAGACAACGGGAAGCUCGGACGCUCCCGCCAAUAUGACAUAAGGUGGAACAAGGUGGAAAUUUGGAAACGGCUCAAGUUCGUCUUCGAGGCGGCUCGGGAUUCAAGCCCAACAACCACACCGGCCGUGUCACGGGAAGCCACGGAAUCUGAAUUGGUCGAAGCAGAGGGCAAAGAGGAGUCGGCGCCAUACACGUUCAGGCUCAUAACGCAGCAUCCACCAAUGAGAAGCGACGAAGAGGACCCCGAAUGAAGGCCCUUCCUUUUCUGACAACGCGGGA